CUCGGUCAGACAGCUUGGAGCAGCACUUUGGUCGAGCUACUGCGGUGCGACGUGAGCUGGCAAGGCCGAGGAGGACCUGAUUCGCGCAGGCGUGUGCUCUUGGUGAGAUUCUUGCUGAGGUAGACAGCAGCAUUCAUUUGGGCUGCAUCUGCAGCCGUGUCGCCGUGUCGCCCCCAGGUUCCUUGAUCCAUCCGCCAUCCGCCAUCCGCCAUCCUUCCGAGUCCUCUCACCACAAUCGAGCGGCCCCAUUCUCGUCGUCCCGCCCUAGCAACCAAGUCGCCCGCCAGACGCCCGCCGCACACGCAGCACGCAGCAACGCAGAGAACCCACCGCAGCGGCUAAGCAGAGGGGGCCAGCCAAGCCCAACGGGCUCCAAGCUAGAGACCCUGGUUGCGAGCUAGAAGCAGGCGAAGAAGUCGACGCCGUCUGGCUGUCUGGCCGUCCGCGCCUAGCCUCGAGUCUCGACUCGUUCCUCGGCCAAUCCCCCCCACCCCCUCCCGACAGAGAGGUCCAGGAACAGGAACAGACGCCCGUGCCCCCGUGUUCGAACGAUAAGCACGUGUGCGGAGGAACACAGACCUCAGUCACGGGCUCUCAGGCUCUCAGAGGAGAGGACGCGCAGAGAUAGGGGACCUGUUCCUUCGGUGCCACACGCUUGGCGCCAUUCAAUAAUUCGUAUUAGCUUGCGUUGUGCCGAGACUGCAUGCAUACUGUGUAUACUGCCUGUUGUGUGGAGAGUGGAGAGUGUUCGUGCUGCUGCUGCUGCUGCUGCUGUUUUGGGGUGGCAGGUUGGGCAGCCUAACACCAAUUCUUUUGGGACUUUGGGACCUUCUCUCCCCCCUCUAAAAAAAGACCCCACGGACGGAACCUGCCUUGGGCUCUGCUGUCGAUCGCCCAAGGUUUCACAGUCCCCAUAGUCUUGUUCUCUUUUUUUUUUUUUUUCCACCUUCUUCUAGUUUCUGGGAGAUCCAUACUGUGAUCCCGAAUCCCCACCACCAGCACCCAGCACCCAGCACUGCGCCCCAUCUUUGAUUUUAGUCCCGGCCCCCCCUGCAUCCUGCCUCGCCGGCCACCCUGCCAGCCUGCCAGCCUGCCCAAGCAACCGGAUGCGCCAUCUCCCGUGUCCCGCCCACCACAGCAUGCCCUCUGACCUCGCCUCGCACAAAGAACCCGCCCCCUCGGUCAAAUGAGCAGGAGCAUCCAGCGCCAGCGCUCCAUCUCGAGUCUCUCCUCACGACAGGCCGACCGCGACCGCGACCGCGACAGAGACCACGCGAACGGCGGGCUUGGGCUGCUGAGCCCCUACAACUCCAGAUCCCCCCUCGCGGGCCUUCCUCACCCGCCUUCGUCUCUAGAUGCCACCUCCACAAAGCUCGCCCGGCCGACCUUCCUGCUGGACCGCAAAGGCACCGAGGACAUCGCCAAGCUCGACGGCGUGCUCUUCGACGACGUCCCCACCCUCGGCUCCAACUCCUCCCUCCUCUCCAGCCUAGGCGCCGGCUCUCCCUAUCCCGCCAUCGCCAACUCACCUCCUACCACCUCCCACUACCUCUCCGCCUCCGCCCACGAGCCCCACGCCCAGAGGAGGAGGGCCAACACCGCCAGCGGCCCACUCUCGCCCGUGCCGCCCCCCGACUCCCCCGGACCCCCCGCCGAUUCUCCCGCCAGAUCCACGAACCGCGCCGUCGCCUUCCCUCCUUCGACCCGCCCACCACCACCCCACGCACGCCGCACCCCCGUGCCCGCCGCCGUCCCCUCCCCGCCUUCCCAGCCGCCCCCGACCACCACCCUGUCGUAUCCUCAGUCGAGGUCGCACACCGCCCCCGCCCCGGCCCUGAGCUCGUCCGCGAGCUUCAACAACCUCAGCAGCAUGUACGGGCAGCGCCAGGCGUCAGGGGUCGACCCCUCCAGGCCUUUCCAGGUCCCUCCCCCGCCCCCGCCCAUGUCGCCGCCCGCGCAGCUGGGAGGCAUGAACAGCAUCAUGACCAACAUACCUCCCCCUCCGCCUCGGUACCCCAGCGCCCCGGCUGGCGCAAUGUCCCUGCCGGGGCCUCCGGGCGGGCCUCCUCCCAGCGGGCUUCCGCCUCCCCCGGGUCCGCCCCCCGGCAGCGCGACACAAUGGCAGGGCACCUGGAAUACCACCUACGGGUCCUACAUCCCCCCGCCCCCGCCUCAGCAGGCGCCCCGCCCGUACAACCCACAGCCAUACAAGAACGUCAACGGCCAGCAGAUCGCCAUACCCCCGCCCCCGCCCCCCAGCGAGAGCAUGCAGAUGUCGGCUACUUACAUCCCACAGGGUGACACGUACGGGGAGGGCGUUGGCAUCCCCGGCCUGGGCAUGGACGACAUGUCGACGUGGUCCGCCACCUCCCAGAGCUCGUGGCUCGGCAGCCUGGGGAGCCUGGGGACAGCAAACAGCGACACGACCAUCUCCACGCCCGUCGAUACGUACGGAACCCACAACAGGGGCAACUCGACGACCUCGAAUGCCACCACGGCCGGCGGUGCGUCGGGCAUCCCACCCGAGCUGGCCUCGCAGUGGCCGCUGGACCGCGUGCUGUCGUGGCUCCAGGCCAACAACUUCAGCAAGGACUGGCUCUCGACCUUUCGCGCCCUGGACCUGCACGGGUCCAGGUUCCUCGAGCUCGGGAGCGGCCACGGCGGCCGUGGCAAUUUCGGCAUGAUGCACCAGCAGGUUUACCCGCGGCUAGCAACAGAGUGCACCAGCAGCGGGACCGGCUGGGAUCAGUCGCGCGAGAGGGAGGAGGGCAAGAGGAUGCGCCGCCUGAUCCGCAGCAUUGUAAGGGGCGAGCCACUAACCACGACCGGGGUAUCAUCCCACGGGAGGACUGGCUCGACGAGUAACACCCCUCUCGUACCCACCAGUGCGGGCCCGGACAGCGGCUCUCCAGACACUCCUAUCAAGGCCCCAGGCCCUGGAUUCUCAGUUGGACACCCCGGAGGCAACCACAGGAAACUGCUGCUAGGUAGCAUCGACGACGAAGGCUCCCGCCGCCACAGCCCGGUCGCUAGUGACUUCGGAGAGGUAGGAACGACCAAUAACAACAACGGCAGCAGCAGUGGCAACAACAACAACAGCAAUAGCAAUAGCAAUAACGAGCGCAGCAGCAACCGAGGAUACAGCCCCGCGGCGAGCCCGGCGCCGACCCAAGGCCUUUUCUCGUCUUCCACGGCCCCCAAUCUCGCUUCCUCACCCGGCGGGAGAUUUGGGAGCCACCGAAAUCGAAACUCCACCGAGUCGGUCUCGUCAAAUGCGGCUAUAUAUGGGUCUGGCGUCCCGCCCGACGCGAGCCAGGCUCUGCGGUCCCAGAUGACCGCCGAAAUGGCCAAGGACACACGCCGGUAUGGCCACGACGGCGGCAAUCGGCCCAGUCCGCUCGGCGACAACUCGUCGGCUGGCGACCGGUCCGCUGGCGCGAGCGAGCCACCUGGGUCUGCGAGGGAGACCAAGUCGUUCCUGUCGUUCCUCAACCCCCGCAAGAAGAAGCAUCAUGACGACCCCGAGUCGCCCACGAGCCCCAUGCAGCUCAAGCAGCACUCGCUGGGGAGCAGAGGAAACGCGAGCGAGACAUCACUCGACAGGCCGGGCUCGAGCUUCUCCACGGAGCAGCAGAGGCCAGCAUCAUCGAUGAGGUCGAGGCGCAUCACCAGGGGCAGGAUAUUCAUCCUCGCCACGCUGGACUAUUGGAAUUACCGCAUGGUGGACGUCUCGGAUAUGGAAUCCGCAUCGGAUCUUAGACAACUGAUAUGCGUCAACCUCGGCCUGCCGGACGCGGAUGGCGCUGAGUUUUAUCUCACCGAACUAGGCAAGUUUGAUCACGAUGAUGCGCUGGACGACAACAGGCUAGUCGCCAAGAAGAAAUCGAGGGCGGACGCCGCCGGGUCUCUGAAGAUAUUCGUCCGGCCUGGAAACAUGGGCGGCCUGGGGGUGAAUAUCGGCCAGCCACAGGAUGCGCUCUCGCCGGCCUACUUGCCUGCGGGUGCGAAGAUGGACGAGGAUACGUACGCGCGCCUGAACGGACAGCGCAGGAGGUCUAGCUCCUCUCCGCCGGCAUCCAGGCAGAACACCCUCACCGGAGGUGACAAGGACAAGACGUCAGCGAACGGGCAGAACGACGGGGCGAGUGACAACAAGAGCGACGACGGCGACCUCACGCAGCAGGCGGAAGCAUACAAGGCCGAGAUGCACAGGAAGCAGCAGGAGUAUCUGGCCAAGCGCAAGGCUGCCAAAGAGAGCGGUAACUCACCCUCGGACAAUGGUGCAAACACAUACAGCGGUAUCGUGGGCCGCGUUGUCAACUUUGACGAGCCACGCAACUCGCCGUUUGAAGACAAGAAACCAUUCGACAGCGCCUUUGCCCCGCAGAGGCGCGCUCCCGCGGCGCCUCUCGAUCCCUCAGCGACCCUCAUCAAGGCGAACUCGCUCUCGAAACGCGGCUCGCACCAACGGACGAGCCAAGGGAGCAUGGACGGUUUCCCCACCAAGCGACUGAGCACAGGUAUUUCCGAGAGCCCAAAGCAGAUGGCCGAGAAGAGGAGACCAAACAACGAGCGCCAGGCCCUCGGUGGCAUCGGAGCUGCGCUUGCUGGUAUCGGCCGCGGCCUCGGCGGCAUCGCACACCCCGGCGGUGCCGGAAGGGGCAACUCACCAAACAGGGCGGAAGCGGAAGGUGACAACGAGUUCGCAGGGACCGGAUCAGGGGAUGAAGCAGGAGAAGACGCCAAGUCUCGAAGAAAAGCCUCCGCGGGCGACGUCAGCCCGACAGCAAGGACCGUGUCGGACAAGCCGCCGCAGCUGCCCAAGGUGGUCGUCAAGCCCAGAAUCUUCGACGGGGACUCCUCCUCAGACGAGGAAGAGGAUAACGACUCGGACGACGACUCGGACGACGGGCUAUUUGCGAAACCCCUGGCCGGACGUGGUGCCCCCAGCGCUCCCAGCAAGGGCAAGGAGCUUCUGAAACAGCCUGUGGCGAAAGCGUCGCCUGUUAGCAAGGAUGGCACCUUCUGGAAUGAUGAGGACAGCGACGGGGACGAGGAGGAGGUAGCACGCGAAGCCAGCAAUCUCGGCAAGCGGCCGAGCCUGACUGUGAACACCAAGCGCGGUAAGAAGGGGCUGUCGGUAUCGUUCACGAGCCCAAAGCUGCCGCCCUCGUCCGGGGGCAAGACACCGGCAGGCGACGAUGAUGACCACUCAUCCAAGGGCUCAAAGAGAACACCUAACACGCCGCACUCCGAGGGCUGGGACUCCAACGACAAUGACGUAAAGCUUAGCAGGCGUAAGAGUUUUAUGGAGAAGGACACCUCGAUCUGGGCAAAUCGUCCUCCCACCGACGCGCUGAUCAACAACCUCGAGGACUUUUUCCCCAACCUGGACGUGGACCAGCCCGUACUGGAGGAAGGCACCGAGAUCCCAGGCGAUCUGCCGCCCAGUCCGAUAGCCGAGGAGACGGAGGAGCAACCGGGGCAGCAGUCGAAGCCAGUAACAUCUUCCAGGAUCAGUACUAUAUACAACGACAGUGACACCCUUGGCAGUGAUGAAUCCACCCUCAAGGCACUCGAACGGCCGGCUUCGUUUGUCAGCGCGGCACAGAGAAGCACGCGGCGGUCCCAGGGCUUGGGCAGGAUGAAGUCCAUCAGAGAGGUGGCCCACAAGCGCUACACACAAGGCGCUGGAAUGGCGCCGCCGGUGCCGCCGACUCCGAAUAGCAGCACGGCAGCCGCCGCGAACAAGAACACGAACCUCAUGCGACGCAAGUCGACCAAGAUGUUCAAUGCCAACAUCGUGCAGAUCAGGCCGCAGCGGGGGUCCAUGAUCCUCCCGCAGAUCCCACAGGACCACCUGCCCAGCCUGCCACACAACGCCAACAACCAGAUCCCCAAGCGACAGACCACGUUCCGAUGGUUCAAGGGCCAGCUCAUCGGCAAGGGCACGUAUGGGCGGGUCUACCUCGGUAUGAACGCGACGACGGGUGAAUUCCUGGCGGUCAAGGAAGUCGAGGUCAACCCCAAGGCCGCAGGGGGUGACAAGGCCAAGAUGAAGGAGCUCGUCGCCGCGCUGGACCAGGAGAUCGACACGAUGCAGCACCUCGACCACGUGAACAUCGUGCAGUACCUUGGAUGCGAGAGGAAGGAGACCAGCAUUUCCAUCUUCCUCGAGUACAUUCCCGGUGGCAGCAUGGGCAGUUGCGUGAGGAAGCACGGCAAGUUUGAGGAAUCCGUCGUGGCAAGCCUGACACGGCAGACGCUGUCAGGCCUGGCCUACCUUCAUCGCGAGGGCAUCCUCCAUCGCGACCUCAAGGCGGACAACAUCCUGCUGGACGUCGACGGCACGGCCAAGAUCUCGGACUUUGGCAUCAGCAAGAAGACGGACAAUAUCUACGGCAAUGACAAGACCAACUCGAUGCAGGGCUCCGUCUUCUGGAUGGCGCCCGAGGUGAUCCGCAGUCAGGGCGAGGGCUACAGCGCAAAGGUGGACAUUUGGUCGCUGGGCUGCGUGGUCCUCGAGAUGUUUGCCGGGCGCCGGCCGUGGUCCAAGGACGAGGCAGUCGGCGCCAUAUACAAGAUCGCCAACGGAGAGACGCCACCCAUUCCCGAAGAGGUCUCUGCGGCGGUGAGCCCGGUGGCGCUGGCCUUCAUGUGGGAUUGUUUCACGGUAAACCCCGAGGAACGCCCCACAGCCACCAAGCUUCUUGCCGAGCAUCCGUUCUGCGUCUUCAGGGAUGACUAUGACUUCCAUCACACCGACUUGUACGCCAAAAUCAAGGGGACGUGGAAGACCGCGGAGUAAAGGGGUCGGCAUCCGGUGUCCCCUCGCACGCUUCCCGGUGACUGCGCAUGCUGAAGACACGCGGAAAUCCACGCGUCCCUGCCACUUCUGCAUCGUGGAACAGCAUCCGCCAUCAGAAAAGCAACUUCGAAUGGGUCCUUUUCCUCCUUUGCGACAAUGACCCGGUCUCGGAUGCACGCCAAAAGAUGCCACAUCUCGCGGCAUUGUACAUCAUCAAACGCGCCCGCGAAGCCGGCUUUCUCUUAUAGGAACAGGUCAAUGAACCAAUGGCUAUUUUUGUACACCCCAAGCUGGCGACGGUGUGUUUCCCCCAAGCUUGCUCACGGGCUGAGUGAGCGGAGGGGGUUGGUCAGGGGUUGUUCUUGGAUAUACUACACUCAUAUCCAUACUCGUACUAACAUACAUAUACUCAUACACAUUACUCCACACCCAUAACUCUCCCCUGACAUGCCUUUUCUUUUGGUUUUCUGCACUCGUCGGGGCUUUGGGGCAGCGAGAUGGGGACGGCCAUGGGGACUGGGAGAUUCGGAUAUAGGCAUAGUAGUUUUUUUUUCAGCAUUUGCAUAGCGUUUCCUUUGAUGUUCUCUUUUUUUAUGGCAGGGGGGCUGUAAUGAGAUGGUCGGUCACAUCGUUCAGCCACGACUCUUCCCAGUAUCUGGGUGUUGGGUUAAGAAUGGGGGCGCGGGGUUUGGUCCAUUUGUCGGCGCACGCCUGGGCCUAGAUGACGACUAUCUCCGUCUGCAUAAUGAUUAAACUCGGUAGCGAAAUUCAGAUCCAAGCGGCUGGAGAGAC